UACACCUGUAUACAACCAGGAAGUCUUGCAGAAUUCAGGAGAAAUGAAACUGAAAGGGCAGUGCUUUUUGAAGUCCAGAGCUUUGUGGAUUGUUUUCAGCAGCAUAGAGGGAAAUGGCAGAGUCCAUGAUAAGUAACCAGGACCUUUUUAUGUGUCCGAUUUGUUUGGACAUUCUCAGGGAUCCAGUGACUCUUAACUGUGGACACAAUUACUGCAUGGGCUGCAUUAAGGGCUGCUGGGAUCAGGAAGAUCAGAAGGGAAUCUACAGCUGCCCCCAGUGCAGACAGACGUUCACUCCAAGACCUGAUCUAAACAAAAAUAAUGUUUUGGCUGAGCUUCUGGAACAGUUCAGGAAGACCAGAAUCCAAGCUGUUGUUCCUGCUCCUGUUGUAUGUGCUGGUCCCGGGGAGGUGGAGUGUGAUCUCUGCACUGACAGAAAACUCAAAGCUGUGAAGUCGUGUCUGGACUGUCUGUUGUCUUAUUGUGAAACUCACUACAAAGUUCACAACGAUGUAAAUCCUGGACGAAAACACAAGAUGGUUGAUGCCACAGGUCAGCUACAGGAGAGGAUCUGCACCCAACAUGAGAAGCCUCUGGAGAUAUUCUGUCGUACAGAUCAAACUUGUGUUUGUUUUCUCUGCAUGGUGGAUGAUCACAAAGGCCAUGACACUGUGUCAGCGUCUGCAGGGAGAAAGGAGAAACAGACAUACCUAGAAGAGACCCAGAGGACAUUUCAGCAGAGAAUCCUGGAGAGAGAAAAGAAGCUUCAGGAGCUGAGGAAGGCUGUAGAGACUCUCAAGAGCUCUGCACAGACGGCAGUGGAGGACCGUGAGAGGAUCUUUACCGAGAUGAUACUUACCAUUGAGAGAAGACGCUCUGAGGUGAAAGAGCUGAUCAGAGUUCAGGAGAAGGCUGAGGUGAGUCGGGCUGAAGGCCUCCUGAAGCAGCUGGAGCAGGAGAUUGCUGAGCUGAAGAGGAGAGAUGCUGAGCUGGAACAGCUUUCGCACACAGAGGAUCACAUCCAUUUCCUCAAGACUUUCCUGUCAGUGAGCAACCGACCAGAGAUUACAAACGUAUCCAGUAUCUAUGUUAACCAAGGACUCUCUUUUGAGACUGUCGAGAAAUCUGUCUCCUCACUAAAGGGGCAGUUGGAGGAUUUCUGCAAAGAGGAAGUCAUUAAGAUAUCUGCCGCAGUAAUGACUAAAGUCCAUGGUCUUUUGUCUUCGGAACCUACAACCAGAGAGGAAUUCCUAAGAUACUCCUGUCACUUCACAAUGGAUCCAAACACAGCACACAGAAAGCUCCGUCUGUCUGAGGGGAACAGGAGGAUGGAGAGGAGCUUUGAGCGCCAGUCAGCUCCUGAUCAUCCAGAGAGAUUUGAUGGCUGGUGGCAGAUGCUGUGUAGACAGGGUGUGUCAGGACGCUGCUACUGGGAGGUUGAGUGGAGUGGAGAUAAGGUUGGUAUAGCAGUCUCAUAUAAAAAUAUCAGCAGGAAAGGCAGGUUUGGACGUAAUGAUCAGUCCUGGACUCUGGAACUCUGCCGCUCCAGCUCCUCUUUCUGGCACAAUAAUAAAGAGACUAAACUCCCUCUAGUGGCCACCUCCAGAAUAGGAGUGUAUGUGGAUUACAGUGCAGGAACUCUGGCCUUCUACAUCUCUGACACAAUGACCCUCCUGCACAAGGUCCAAACCACAUUCACUGACACACUGUACCCUGGGCUUUGGCUAGAUAAAAGCUCAUCAGUGCAACUGUUGUGAAUUAAUAGUUGAGCGUUGCUCUGUUAGCCAGGCUAUCUCCCUGCAGCAGCAGGAGAAAUCAGUGUUUCAGCUUUGGGAAGCAAAUACAGGAAAGGAGUAAGGAAGGAAGGGAAGGAAAUAUUGCAACUCUCAUUACUGUAAUAGAAUGGCAGUCACCCUUUGCACCCACAGACUUUCUUGUACAAAAAUUGUUGAGCAUAUCUUAGUUUACCCCAUUUAUAGACCAAGAAAAAUAAAUGAUGAGAAUAUUAAAUAUCAUUUAAAUGAAUAACCUAUAUGACCUAAAUAUAAUCAGCUGUAAAUGUAAAUUCAGCCUCUGAUUGCCCUGCCUGCUUUUGCAGAAAUAAAAAUAUA